GAGCUUCAGCUGCACGUGUGAGCUCAAAGUAGUUUUUGUUUUCAUCAAAAAAUUGGAAUUUUAUCAAGUUUUCUAUGGAUUAUAUGACUGAUGAGGAGGCGGUUAAGAGCGUUUGGGAGUACUACAACCGUGAGAAUGGCAAAGAAGAGCCGAAGCAAGACCGGGGGACGAUCAGGAAACGAUUUGAACAAAAAGUGAUUCGUCUAUUAACAAUACACAAUGUGCCUUAUUCAAAAAAAGAAGAUGAAGACACUUACGAGGACUAUUUGCUGUCUGACGGGGAAAAUGCGCCAAAGCCAAAAGGUAUCAAGCCCAAGUCGUCAAUCAGAGCUGUGCCUGACGACGAAGAAGAUGUGGACGAGCGCAUUGCGUCCAUAAAGAACAAAUUGCGCCAGAAGAAGCGUCCAACCACAGAACGACAACAGAAAAGGCGUGAGGCCAAAAAGCUUAAACAAAGCAAAGGAGUGCAAAAGCUGCUUCUGUCCUCGGCAAAAUCAAUUAAAAACGAGAACAUUAAGCAAGAGAAACUGAAGAAUGGGUUGAUCAAAACGGAGUCAAAUCAAUCUGGGGAUGCCACGGACAGCAAGGCAGUCAUUCAGCCCGUUAAAGUGGAGCCGGUGUUUAACGAGGAAGCCAAAAUUGUUUAUUCCAAAAUCGAUUUUGCGGCCAAUCCAGGCGCUAAAGCUAAGAAAUCGCAUCAGAAUCCAAAAGAAAUUCUAAAAAAGCUGAAAGAUACGCGUCAGCACAUAAACAAACUCAAGGAACAGGGCGAAGCAGACAAGGCAGCCGAAUUACAGAAUGAUAUUGCCUGGAAAAAGGCAUUUGACAAGAUUGAGGGCAAAAAAGUGAAGGAUGACACCAAGCUUCUUCAGAAGGCCAUCAAAAAAAAGAAGGUGGAGAAGCGGGCGGCAAAGAAGAAAUGGACAGAGCGUAAACAGAAAGUGGAUCAUGAUAUUGCGAAGCGUCAGAAGAAGCGACAGGAAAAUCUUGACAAGCGCAGCAAGGAUAAGAAGAACAAGAAAUUGAAGAAGGCUAGCAAAAAGGGCCGAAUUAUACCCGGCUACUAGCUCCUGUUGGCAAAUAAAU